UCUUACAUCUGUCUUCUUCUACGUUUUUUUUUUUUAUAUAUAUAUCUUAGGUAAACCCUAGAUCCACAAUUUUGAAACCCCAGGAUUCGAAUUCUCAUUUUAUUCCUUCUCAAAAUCUAAUUAAGCGUCGAUUAAGGUUUAAGUUCAGGAGCUUGAUUACCGGAGGUUUAGAGCUUAAUUAGUCAGUUGUUAGGUAGUGUAUUCAUCUGUUAGUUCCUAUGGUUGAGUUAAGAAGUCGAACCCAAUUGAACUCUCAAUUGCAUUAUAUCCGGGCUAUUAAAGGAGGAUCGAUCAAAAUAGUGAUGAAUACGGAUGGAAGAAGGAAACCAAAGCUCAGGUUUAGGCAGCUGGUUGAUAUAUACAAUCUGGAAAACAGUAAAGUUGAUGAGUUAGUUCCAACAGUAGUCAGGGAUUUGGAGAAUAUUUCUGACAUUACACAAGGUUUGUUUGGUGCUGAGGUGAAUAAGAAAGCUGAUUCUGAAGAUUUUAGCAUGAUAACUCUGGAGAAGAUUCGGAACAGGAGAGAUGUUGAGACAGCGUCAAACGUUCAAGUUAAAAAAGAGUACUUGACUCAAGAUGAAGGGUGUGAUAUUGAGGAGCCUCUUAGCAGUUGGGAUACGAAAUUCUCCAAGAAAAGAAAGAGAAUACAGGAGCGGAAAGCAAAGUGUGUUUCUACUGCCUCUCCAUCUGUGGAAAAAGUUGUUGAUUUGCCUGUGUUCUUUCAUGUGAAGUCUGAAGCUUGGGAUGAUAGCUAUUCAGUUUCUGAAGCCAUGGAGUUGAAUCCUGCUGAUCCUUUACUAGAUUGUAGCAAAGAGUCAGGAUCUUAUACAAAUACGGUGUUGGUGGAAGAGAUAAUGCUCGAUUCGUCCAGGGACAUGAGGCUGGUUCCAUGUUGCAUUGCAGAGGCGAAUGUAUCCGGAAUGGUAGCCAUUGAAGAUCCCGUAACUAUAAAGCCGGUGGAGGAAGCUUUUGAAGAUGCAUCAGACGAGUUUAACGAUACUAGGAAAGCGCAAUGCUGUCUUGCUUUUGAGGAUAAGCAAAUUGUUUUGUACAGUAGUGCGUCUGAAGAGGAGAUGGAACUGGAUGUUGCACAAGAUUCAGAAUCUGAGAACAUUGGUUGUGUCCAAAGCCUCAUUUCUUCCUACGAAAGCUCGGAUUGCGAAGAAGAAGUUGAAGAGGAUGAGGAGAACAAUUAUUUAAAGCCUAACGUAGACAUGAGCGUAACUGGUUUGGAGAUUGUGAAGAUAGAAGCUCCAGAAAUACUUGCUAUUGAUUACCCUGGUUCCCCCAUCAUUAAUUUUGGUGUAGAAAAUGCCGAGAUUGAGUGGGAAACUGAAGACAUUAGUAAGGAUGAUUUCCCUGAAGCAACUGUUAUUCUCCAGCUGACCAACUAUUGUAAUUCAUUGGAGAAUUUGCAAGUGGUUCCUGAUGAAAACACAAUUGCAAUAGAAGAAGAAUAUUUGCCAGAAAGAUCACAACAAUCUUUAUACUCCAAGCAUCAAGAUGAAGCAGGAGACUACAAACUAUCACCACUCUAUAAGGAGCCUGACGAGGUUCAAAAAGUUGCUGAGACUGAGAGCAUCCAGCAACAACAGCCACACCACCAACCAGAAAAACUACUCUCAGGGAGAAAGGCUUUAUCUCCUACCUCUCAAGCAAAACUUCGCAAGGCAAUGGAGCAUCCCGAUUCACCUGAGAAAAGGAGUAAAAAAUCCAUAGGGAAACUCUUUUUCAGUAGCCAAAACUCGCAUAGGAUCCUCAAGGCUCAAGGGCUGGAUAACAUCGACAGAGUGGAAAUCAUUCCAAGCUCAAAGCAGGCCAUUCAAAAAGCAAAUAAUACUACUCGGCAAACGAAGUAUCAAAAAACCACACAGAAGUUUCCACGUCGAGUUGCUCAAGCAGCAAAAGCACAACCUUUUAGCACUGGGUGCACUUCUAUACAAGGAUGCUCACAGAAAGCUAUUGACUUCUCGCAAGGGCAAAUGCGUGAUUUCCAAUGUGUUGCGGCUAGGCUCACAAAAGAGUUGAAAUCGAUGAGAAAAGUUACAAAGAGGUGUCUUUUAGGUGAAAGCAACACCUCCAACAUUUCUGACUGUAACUUAGAUGAGGUGAGAACAUUGAUUGGAAAUGCAGAAAAAACUGAAGAGGGCUGCAAGAAAUGGAUGUCGAUGAUAGAGCGUGACUGUAAACGGUUUUGCAAACUCAUGGGUAUGGUCAAAGAAGAAUCUCCAGCUACUGAAAACAUUGUUCAGAAGAAAAAGAAGAUAAGAUUUGCAGAUGAUGCAGGGGGAGAUCUUUGCCAAGUCAAGGUUUUUGAGAUUGAUUUGGAAUAUGAAUCAUGAACAAAGUCUGUAAAAGUAAUGUAAAAACUCUCCACACCAUUUGUACAUUUACAUUGUCUUGAGAUUUGACGAGAGAUAAAGACCAUUUUAGUCCAAAAACAAGAUGACUUUACUUAGUUUUCGCAUAACAACAUUUAUUGCAACAGCUUUAACCAAUCUUGUCAAGAUUGGUCUGAUGAUUAACAGAAAAUAACCACAUGUGAAAGAGUGUACAAUAACGUACCUAAAAGCUUUCGAAAUUCGGAAUACAUAUCAUAAACAUGGAGAUGACGAAUAAGGUUGUUGAAGCCAAAACAAAACAUUGUAAAGAAAGUUGAAGAUUGAACAAAGACGUUGAAUGAUGAGGAGGACAUGAUGAAAGAUGAAGAUGAAGAAGAGUACUUGGGCUAUGGGGAUGUUUUGUUGUUUCUUCUCCAAUGGUUUGUG